AUGACCAAGACGGCCAGCACGGGAGCAGGGAGUCUGGGGUACAGCGAGGAGGCUGCAAGCCGGUUAACUGGUGAGGACACCUCGGAACGGUGUAUUUGCUGGCUGGACUUUGGGGUCAAAGACGAUAAUAAUUGGAGCAGCAGUGGCAAGGAUAUCGUGUGCGAGAGCCAGCAGAAAUCCACCAAUGUCAUCUAUCAGGCCCACCACGUGACCAGGAACAAGAGAGGGCAGGUCGUUGGCACGAGGGGUGGAUUCCGAGGAUGUACGGUGUGGCUGACUGGUCUCUCCGGCGCUGGAAAAACCACAAUCAGUUUUGCUUUGGAAGAGUACCUGGUCUCUCACGCCAUCCCGUGCUACUCCCUCGAUGGGGACAAUGUACGUCACGGCCUUAACAAAAACCUCGGAUUCUCCCCCGGGGACAGAGAAGAAAAUAUCCGCCGGAUUGCCGAGGUGGCCAAGCUGUUUGCCGAUGCUGGUUUGGUCUGCAUUACCAGCUUCAUUUCUCCUUUUGCCAAGGAUCGUGAGAAUGCCCGCAAAAUCCAUGAAUUGGCAGGACUGCCGUUCUUUGAAAUCUUUGUGGAUGCACCUCUAAACAUCUGCGAAAGUAGAGACGUGAAAGGCCUCUACAGGCGAGCCCGAGCCGGGGAGAUCAAAGGGUUCACGGGUAUUGAUUCUGAUUAUGAGAAACCCGAGACCCCCGAGUGUGUGCUGAAAACCAACUUGUCCUCAGUGAGUGACUGUGUCCAGCAGGUGGUGGAGCUCCUGCAAGAGCAGAACAUUGUACCCCACACGAUCAUGAAAAGCAUCCAUGAGCUCUUCGUGCCAGAAAACAAACUUGACCAGGUCCAGGCUGAGGCCGAAGCUCUCCCUUCGUUAGAAAUUACCAAGCUGGAUCUUCAGUGGGUCCAAGUUUUGAGCGAAGGCUGGGCCACUCCCCUCAAGGGUUUCAUGCGGGAGAAGGAAUACUUGCAGGCCAUACACUUUGAUACCCUGCUGGACGGCAUGGUCCUUCCUGACGGAGUGAUCAACAUGAGCAUCCCCAUCGUACUGCCUGUCUCUGCGGAUGAUAAGGUGCGGCUGGAGGGGCGCAGUGAGUUUGUCCUGACACAUGGCGGACGGAGAGUGGCUAUCUUACGAGACCCUGAAUUCUACGAACAUAGAAAGGAGGAACGUUGUUCCCGCGUGUGGGGGACAAUGUGUGCAAAACACCCCCAUAUCAAAAUGGUGAUGGAAAGUGGGGAUUGGCUGGUGGGUGGAGACCUGCAGGUGCUGGAGAGAAUAAGGUGGAAUGACGGGCUGGACCAGUACCGGCUGACACCUCUGGAGCUCAAGCAGAAAUGUAAAGAAAUGAACGCCGAUGCGGUGUUCGCGUUCCAGCUGCGCAACCCCGUCCACAACGGCCAUGCUCUGCUGAUGCAGGACACCCGCCGCAGGCUGCUGGAGCGGGGCUACAAGCACCCCGUGCUCCUGCUGCACCCUCUGGGGGGCUGGACCAAGGACGACGACGUGCCCCUGGAGUGGCGGAUGAAGCAGCACGCAGCGGUGCUGGAAGAAGGGGUCCUGGACCCCAAGUCAACCAUCGUUGCCAUCUUCCCCUCCCCGAUGCUGUACGCUGGCCCCACGGAGGUCCAGUGGCACUGUCGGUCCCGGAUGAUUGCAGGGGUCAAUUUCUAUAUCGUGGGCCGGGACCCUGCAGGCAUGCCCCACCCUGAGACCAAGAAAGACCUGUAUGAACCCACUCACGGAGGCAAGGUCUUGAGCAUGGCCCCGGGCCUGACCUCGGUGGAAAUCAUUCCAUUCCGCGUAGCUGCCUACAACAAAGCCAAAAAAGCCAUGGACUUCUAUGACCCGGCAAGGCACGACGAGUUUGACUUCAUCUCUGGGACACGAAUGAGGAAGCUGGCCCGGGAAGGAGAGAACCCCCCAGACGGCUUCAUGGCACCCAAAGCAUGGAAAGUCCUGACAGACUAUUACCGGUCCCUGGAGAAGAACAACUAA